AUGGGCAAAGAAAACCUCGAAUGCGAUCGCAAUCGCCUCCUCGCCAGCGCCCGCGACUCGGACAAAGUCCGUACUUGCUCCGUCGAUCUCUUCUGGAAGACGUACGCCAAGUCCUGGAGGCCUUUGACGAGCAGUCAGAUGAACGCUCUCACCGCCGCCCUGGACGAAGAGAACGUAUAUAGGAACAAACGAUGGGUCGCGCUGCCAGACGCGAAGAAAGGCGUCGCGGAGGAUGUGCAUUUCAAGCGCCUCGAGAAGAUCUUCUCUAAAGUCACUGCACUAGCAGAGAAGACACUCUCGGGGCGCUUUGAGCCCGCGAGGCGAACGACCAAGUUUCGAUGCCGCCCACGGCAGACCACGAGCUCCGAGGUCAUGGGCGCGUCGCACAAAGUCGACUCCGUCAACACGCGCACAGACUCUUCCUAUCCGGAAGGCUCAAGAGGUCUCCUUGGCAGCGCACGCAACGCGAAGAUCAAGAUUCGGCGGACUGGCGAACUUGUGUUCACCGCAGACGCCUUGCUAACAGGCGAAUUUAAGCUGUUCGACACGCGGGCAGAUCAAUUCGAUAACGCCAAAAAGACUUUUGGUCAUGCUGGGCAUGCAUUCUAUAACGACGUCGGCCGCAUCGUGGUAUUCGCGUACACGAUCGAAGGCGCUAAAAUGCGCCUCUGGUGUCACACUCGCUCUCACACAGGGAUCUCGGAGGAGUUUGACAUACACACGAACCCUUCCAUGUUCAUCGACUUCAUCCUCUUCAGCACCUACGCCUCUCUUCCCGUUCUUGGUGUCGACACCACUGUUCGCCGCGUCAUCGAUUCGGACAGGAAUAUCCAGUACCAAUUCGACUUUUACGACCGGAAGACGAACGUCCGAACCACGUAUGAGACCACCCGCAGCAUCGACGAAUCCUCCGCCAUGGAGCUCUACUCCCGUUCCAUGCGCGUCUUUGAGGUGCAUCUGGUCCUCGGCGAUCCUUUCGCGAAGAAGCGAGCUUUCGGCAAAGAAACCUUCGUACUGCGCGACUACUAUGUUUUCUCCCAUGUCAAAAGCGAGCGCGAGAUCCAGGGCGGCAUCCAGCAUCAACUCGAGCUCAAGGGCGUCUGGGAGGAGGCCAAGCCUCACUUCAUGCGCAUCCGAGAGGACGGUGCCGUCUGGAUCCCUCGCUCGGAAGGCGCCGUUCGCCAGACUGUACCCGCUCCUCACGAGAAAUCGGAGCCCUACGAAUUCAUCGAUGGCGACAAUCCCGCCGGUUCGGGCCCUUCUACGGAGACAAUCCGAACGGGCAGGUCCCACCGUACUGGGCAAAGCUCUCUGGCGUAUCCGAACGCUGUUGAGAAGCCUCUGUCCAAGUUGCACGAGAAGCGACACAUGCGCACUGUCUACGAGCAACUCUGUAUCGACCUCUACAAAGUUAACGACCCAAAGCUCUUCUUCUUCGCCAUGAGUCAAGUUGCCAAGAUCCUGCGUUACAUGAAGCUUGCGGGUUACGUUCAUCGGGAUGUAAGCCCCGGUAACUUCCUUCUGCACUAUAUCAAGGAGAACAGUGCUUGCCCCGACCUCGCCUCGAUCUCGCAGACUCUCCGAGAUGACUGGAUCACGAUCAUCUCUGAUCUCGAGUAUGCGCGGCCUUUCCUUCACGGAUCAGGACACGACGCAAUCACGGGCACCUCGUACUAUGUCGCAGUCGAAGUGCAGCAUCAGUCGUACGAGUUUGGCCCCCAGCAGACGUACAAGCCCAACUUGCUUGGAGGCCCCAAUGAGAGACAAAAGACGGUCUCCGCGAAUCCUCAUCACUUUUCCUUCAACUUCUUCCACGAUGCUGAAUCGGCGUUGUGGAUGGCACUGGACUUCGUCUGCCGAAAGAUCCCGUCGAAGAGGCGAGAUUUGGUGACGCCAUCCGGGCGGGCAGCUUUGGAUGUUCUCAGAGAAUACUCCGCCCUGAUGUUCGUGCCCCAGAUUGAAGGCUCUACGGAACGCUUGAAGUUCAUCGAAGAUGCCGUACACGCCAAAGCUCUGGAAGAGGCCCUGACCGAAGUGUACGGUGACGAUUGCCCCGUCUGGAAGGUCGCUGGUCUCAUUGGCCAUCUCGCGGAGGCCUAUCGCACCAUCGAGAAAGCUCCGUUUGAUCCCGACAUGCUUCUCAAGAACGGUCGCAAGGCUUAUGAUCCCUCCCUCUUCGCUGACGAGAUAUACGACAUCAUGGAAGUUGUGUUCUCGGGCAUCAGCGACUACUACGCGGACCCUGCCAACGCCGAUGUCUUCGUGUCCAUAUACGACCCUCCUGCAUCGGAUCCCCAGCCUGCCGCCGCUGAGGCAGAGGCAGUCGCACCGCCCCAGGACUGCAUCCACGACGACGACAAUCAUGGCGACGGGUAUCACACCGACGAGGCGGGCGCUGGGAACUACAGCGAUGAUGAUGAGGAGGACGAGGAAGAGGACCGGGCCACUGGCAGCGAUCGCGACGCUCCGGCAGUGUCUGAAAGCUCCAGCGAUAACUCUGACGCGACGACCGACGCUCCCGCGACCGGUGGCGACGCGACGGCCAACGUCGCUCCCACGACCGGCGGUGAAGCCCAGGGUACUGCGACCGUUCCUGCUAGUGACAGAGUUCUCAGGAGCAAGAGGAAGCGCGAUGACGAUCCUUCUCCUGGGCCUCCAGCUCUCGUGCGCACUGUCAGGCGAUCGCGUACCAAAGGCGCGGAGCCGUCACGUCGGUCCCGGCGGCUUGCGGAAAGGCAGAACUCCCAGGAGGAAGUGGCGCAGCCCCAGCCUGCUGCCACGGGAGGGCCGGCGCGUCGGCCACGGACGACGCACCCUCCUCCGCCGCCGAAAAAGCAGCGCAGGAUCCGUUCGAGAUAG